CCCGCCCCAUCCCACCGGGAGCCUGCGCUCCGCUCCUGUCAGUCUGCCCCGUCACUCAGUCCGUCCGGUCAGGCUUUCAGCGCCCUCCCGUCAUGGCCGCCUCCCAACGCGUGUUCGUGGUGGGCGUGGGGAUGACCAAGUUUCUGAAGCCUGGGCUUCAGGAUUCAGUGGACUACCCUGACCUGGCAAAAGAAGCAGGGCUGAAGGCUCUGGCUGAUGCCCGGAUCUCUUAUUCGGAAGUGGAGCAGGCAUAUGUUGGCUACGUGUAUGGUGACUCUACCUGUGGCCAGAGGGCCAUCUACCAUAGCUUGGGAUUGACUGGAAUUCCAAUCUUCAACGUACAUAACAAUUGUUCCACCGGCUCCACGGCUUUGUAUAUGGCGCGACAGCUGAUCCAGGGCGGUUUGGCAAACUGUGCCCUGGCGCUUGGCUUUGAGAAGAUGGAAAAGGGCUCUCUUGCAUCAAAAUACUUAGAUCGGACCAAUCCAAUAGACAAACACAUGGAGGUGAUGGUUGACAAGUAUGGCCUGUCCCCAGCUCCCGUGGCAGCUCAGCUCUUUGGAUAUGCUGGCAAAGAACACAUGGAGAAAUAUGGCACAAAAAUUGAACAUUUUGCAAAAAUUGCUUGGAAGAAUCACAACCAUUCAGUCAAUAAUCCGUAUUCCCAGUUCCAGCAGAAGUACAACUUGGAUGAAGUGAUGAAUUCUCGAAAAGUCUUUGAUUAUUUGACUCUCUUGCAGUGUUGUCCUACUUCUGAUGGUGCGGCCGCAGUGAUUUUGGCAAAUGAAUCAUUUGUAAUUAAGCAUAACCUGCAAUCCAGAGCUGUGGAGAUUGUGGCCCAAGAGAUGGUGACGGACCUCACCAGCACUUUCAAAGACAACAGCAUGAUUAAAGUGGUCGGCUUUGACUUGAGUAAAGAAGCAGCCAGAAGGUGCUAUGAAAAGUCCGGUCUGAAGCCAAAGGAUGUCAAUGUCAUUGAACUUCACGACUGUUUCUCUUCGAAUGAGCUCAUCACUUAUGAAGCUCUGGGAUUAUGUGCUGAAGGAAAGGCAGGAGAGCUGAUUGAUAGAGGAGACAAUACUUACGGAGGGAAGUGGGUCAUAAACCCUAGUGGUGGAUUGAUUUCCAAGGGCCACCCCCUUGGGGCUACAGGCCUGGCGCAGUGCGCGGAGCUCUGCUGGCAGCUGCGUGGGGAGGCGGGCCCGAGGCAGGUUCCGGGGGCGAAGGUCGCGCUGCAGCAUAACCUGGGCCUUGGCGGAGCGGCGGUAGUGACGCUCUACAGGAUGGGCUUCCCCGACAGCGCUGCGGCGGCCGGCAGAAGUCAUCAGAUUGAAGCUUUUCCUACCAGUUCAGCACUUGAUGGAUUUAAGGCACAUCUUGUCUUUAAAGAGAUUGAGAAGAAGCUUGAAGAGGACGGAGAACAGUACGUGAAGAAAAUCGGGGGUGUUUUUGCCUUCAAGGUGAAAGACGGUCCUGGCGGGAAGGAAGCCACCUGGGUAGUGGAUGUGAAAAAUGGCAAAGGCUCCGUGGCUGCUAAUUCAGAGAAGAAGGCUGACUGCACAAUUACCAUGGCUGACACUGACCUACUGGAUUUAAUGACCGGCAAGAUGAAUCCUCAGUCGGCUUACUUUCAAGGCAAAUUGAAAAUUACUGGCAAUAUGGGUCUGGCCAUGAAGUUACAGAGCCUCCAGCUGCAGCCUGGCAAAGCGAAACUCUGAACACCUUGGAGUCAACUUCUGCAGAACAUUGAGACUUUAUGUACAUACAUGUAUGGAGUGUGGGGUGUGUGCGGGCAUGCACAUGCACACACACACAUGCACACAUGUGUGCCCACACACAUGCAUGCGUGUCUAUGUCCUUACAAUCUGAAGCUAGCCAGAGAUGGCUUGGCAGUAGUAUGGACCAUGGGCAUCACUGGCCUUGUCCUUCUUAAGCCCUGUAUUAACAGAGCUUGAUGAUACUACUGUGGCCUUGCUGAAUCACAUAAAAACUGUGCAUUGAAAAGUUAAUGGGGUAAUUAUAGUCUGGGUUAAAUUGAGGUACAGGGUACAGCAGAAAAAUCCAAGAACUCAGUAAACAAAAGGUCUCAUAUUGCUUAUAAAAUAUAUUUAAGGAUUAUUCUGCUGAGAUUUCAGUUUUAGAGUUUUCCUUGGGAGAACUGGAUGAAACAAAACACCACUAGCUGGGCAGUAAUUAGUGUUGUACACUUGAAUACCUAAUCUCUUUUACUUAAUAUUUUUUAAAAUGUUGUAAUGGAACUUGAAUUUUUAAAAAAGAACUUAAUUCUUUGUUUCUGUGUAACUGAAAAAGAUCAGGAGUAGGUCAUAGAGAGAGACUUCCGCCACCUCUUUUAAAAUCAAACCCUGUAACGAGAGGGGGGUUUUCUUGGAAAUCAGUGUGUUAGAUUCUUGAACUGACCAUUAUUCACAAUUAGGUAGCCAAUAAAAUUGCUUUGAGAGGCACAGAAUUUAUUGGAUUCACUUCA